AAGAUAAGACGUAUCCUGCGGCCAGAUGGGUUCAAGACGUCGAGGACAGCUCCGAGCUCUGUGGGUGGACUCCGUUGCAACAGCUGUUGAUGGCGAGGCGGUCGUUAACAGGAACGGCGUUAUUGUGGUACCGGGCAGAGCGCAUUUUUAAGACGUGGGACGAGUUUAAAGCCGCUAUCCUCAAAGAGUUCCCUGAUAACAUCGACGCGAAGGCUAUACACGAGCUGAUGAGUUCCAGACAUAAAAAAUCAAGUGAAUCGUGUUUAGAGUACUUAUUUACUAUGAAAGAGUUGGGUAAACGAGGAAAAAUGCCAGACUAUGUAGCCAUUAAAUACAUAGUAGAAGGAAUCAAGGAUCAAGAAGUAAAUAAGAUAAUGUUAUACGGCGUUACGACAUACAGUGACCUGAAAGAGAAGCUGAAGAUUUAUGAACAAUUGAAAUCAAACAUGGCGAGUUCGAGUUCAAGCCGAGAUACAAGUCGUUCGAAGCAGACAGAGAAAAAUGAGAAGACGUAUGGGCGAUUUGUACGUUGCUACAGCUGUGGAGAAAAGAAUCAUUCAUCAGCAGACUGUCCCCACAAGGAGAAAGGCCUGAAAUGCUUCAAAUGCGACGAAUUUGGGCAUAUUGCAUCUCAAUGCAAAACGGCUGUGUCAUCUUCAACUGCAAGUACUUCAAAGAGUGACGUGAAGCCAGCAACGAGUGGUGAAGGUGGCAGCGCUGGAAAGAAAUGGCCGACCGGGACUAAUGGCGCUAGCGUUGCAACGAAACGUGCUUUUUACGGUUCGACGAGUGAUGGUCACAUCCCUAGUAGCGAAGACGUGAUUGGCCAAUCGAGCGAAAUGGCGGCGAAGAAUUGUCUACUAGCUGUCAUGGCCGGCGACGUAAACAAAACACAGCAGACGAUUACACCGAAAAAGAAGCCUGUGAAACGAGUUCAUGUGUUGGGAAAAGAUGUUAUAGCGUUGGUUGACUCUGGGUGCGAAGUAAGUUUGAUGACAAUCGAGUGCUACAACAAUUUAGGUGCGCCAGAGUUUGACAAAAGUGACGAUUUCUUAACGGGAUUAGGCGAGAACCAGGUGGAUUGUUAUGGACAAAUUUGUUUGGACAUUGAAAUAGACGAGUUGUGGUAUAAGGACGUUAAGUUUCGUAUAGUUCCUAACCGUACCGUGCCGUACAGUAUGAUUCUCGGUGAAGAUUUCUUGUUGCGUGUCAGACUUGUUAUGGAGUAUAACAAUGUAUGGUUAAUACCGCUUGAUAGGUGGGUAUGCGAGAUAAGGGUGUGUGAUUCUCUUGUUACAGGUUCUAGUGAAGAUGUUGAAAAACGGGUGAACGACCUGGUGGAAUCAUACGUACCGCGUAAGACGAAGGAAGCGCCUGUCAAGUUGAAAAUUGUGCUAAAAGAUGACAUCCCUGUUGCACAACGACCCCGAAGAUUGGCUCCAGCGGAACAAGAGGAGGUUGACCGACAAGUGAAUAAGUGGCUUGAAGACGGCGUGGUAAGGAGACUGAGGAUGAAGCUGUGGUUCGACUGGGUGAAGUAUUGGAGGUGGCUUCGCAAUAUGGCCUCGAGAUUAAUUGGAAAAAGUCGCAGCUUGUCCAACGACAAGUGGAGUACCUUGGACAUGUGAUCCAAGAUGGGCAGGUGCGGCCUUCACCGGAAAAGACGGAUGCGGUCGCUAGAUUUCCAGAGCCUACCAAUACCAAACAACUACAAAGCUUCAUAGGCCUCACAUCGUAUUUUAGGAAGUACAUACA